GGGCUCGGAAGAUGGCUGCGGAGCCGAGCACCGGGCAGUGGCUGCGGCGGCGGCGGCGGCGGGCCGGGAGCGCGGCGGGCUGGGGCUCCGCCUUGCGCGUGGGGCGCUGAGCCGAGAGUCGCGGAGGCGGCGGGGGCGCGGGGGCUCCGAGGGCCGCUCGGCGCCGCCUCCUGCCACACCAUGGGCAGCGCAGAGGACGCAGUCAAAGAGAAACUGCUGUGGAACGUGAAGAAGGAGGUGAAGCAAAUCAUGGAGGAGGCCGUCACCAGGAAGUUUGUGCAUGAAGACAGCAGCCACAUCAUUGCUUUAUGUGGUGCGGUGGAGGCUUGCCUCUUGCAUCAGCUGAGACGCCGUGCCGCCGGCUUCCUGCGCAGUGACAAGAUGGCAGCCCUGUUCACCAAGGUGGGGAAGACGUGCCCAGUGGUGGGGGAGAUUUGCCACAAGGUACAGGAGCUGCAGCAACAAGCAGAGGGCAGGAAACCCUCAGGGGCCAGCCAGGAGGCGCUGCGGAGACAGGGCUCAGCCAGCGGGAAGGCUCCGGCCCUCAGCCCUCAGGCCUUGAAACACAUAUGGGUGCGCACGGCGCUCAUCGACAGAGUUCUGGACAAGAUUGUGCAGUACCUGGCGGAAAACUGCAGCAAGUACUACGAGAAGGAGGCGUUGCUGGCAGACCCUGUGUUCGGCCCUAUCCUGGCCUCUCUUCUAGUGGGACCCUGUGCCUUGGAAUACACUAAGCUCAAGACAGCUGAUCACUACUGGACUGACCCCUCUGCUGAUGAGCUGGUCCAGAGGCACCGCAUCCGGGGUCCGCCUGCUCGCCAGGACUCCCCUGCAAAGCGCCCAGCCCUGGGGAUCCGGAAACGGCACUCCAGCGGCAGCGCGUCGGAGGACAGGCUGGCUGCCUGUGCCCGCGAGUGUGUGGAGUCGCUGCACCAGAACUCACGGACGCGGCUGCUCUACGGCAAGAACCACGUGCUGGUGCAGCCGAAGGAGGACAUGGAGGCGGUCCCUGGCUACCUCUCCCUGCACCAGUCUGCAGAGAGCCUGACUCUGAAGUGGACCCCCAACCAGCUCAUGAACGGGACUCUGGGGGACUCCGAGCUGGAAAAGAGCAGGGAGCGGCUGUCCGGAGUGGUUCCCAAGCUCUCUAGGACGGAGCCAAGCCUGGCCAUGAAGAGCGUUUACUGGGACUAUGCCCUGGUGGUGCCCUUCAGCCAGGUGGUGUGCAUCCACUGCCACCAGCAAAAGAGCGGCGGCACGCUUGUGCUGGUGAGCCAGGAUGGCAUCCAGAGGCCGCCACUGCAUUUCCCGCAGGGAGGACACCUGCUGUCCUUUCUGUCCUGUCUGGAGAAUGGGCUGCUGCCUCGGGGACAGCUGGAGCCUCCGCUGUGGACCCAGCAGGGGAAGGGGAAGGUGUUCCCCAAGCUACGGAAACGAAGCAGCAUACGCUCCGUGGAUAUGGAGGAGAUGGGCAUGGGGCGGGCCACCGACUAUGUGUUCCGGAUCAUCUACCCCGGCCACAGGCACGAGCACAUCACUAUUAACUACCACCACCUAGCGGCCAGCCGCGCGGCCUCGGUGGACGAUGAUGAGGAAGAGGAGGAUAAACUGCACGCAAUGCUCUCAAUGAUCUGCUCGCGGAACCUCACAGCUCCCAAUCCGAUGAAAGAUGCUGGUGACAUGAUCGAGAUGCAGGGCUUUGGGCCCAGCCUGCCAGCCUGGCACCUGGAGCCCCUGUGCAGUCAGGGCUCCUCCUGCCUCUCCUGCUCCUCCAGCAGCUCCCCACACGCAGCCCCCAGCCACUGUAGCUGCAUCCCUGACCGGUUGCCGCUCAGGCUACUGUGUGAGAGCAUGAAGAGGCAGAUCGUGUCCCGGGCCUUCUACGGCUGGCUGGCACACUGCCGCCACCUGUCCACGGUGCGGACCCAUCUGUCAGCGCUAGUGCACCAUAGCAUUAUUCCACCUGACUGGCCGCCGGGGGCCUCCGCAGGCCUCACCAAGGACACGUGGAGCAAGUAUCAGAAGGACAAAAAGAACUACAAAGAGCUGGAGCUGCUGCGGCAAGUUUACUACGGAGGCAUAGAGCACGAGAUCCGCAAGGACGUCUGGCCCUUUCUGCUCGGCCACUACACGUUCGGCAUGAGCAAGAAGGAGAUGGAGCAGGUGGAUGCAGUGGUGGCAGCAAGGUACCAGCAGGUGUUGGCAGAGUGGAAGGCCUGCGAGGUGGUGGUGAGGCAGCGGGAGCGGGAGGCCCACCCAGCCACACGCACCAAGUUCUCCUCGGGCAGUAGCAUCGACAGCCACGUGCAGCGCCUCAUCCACCGAGACUCCACCAUCAGCAACGACGUGUUUAUCUCUAUGGAUGAUCUGGAGCCCCCAGGGCCCCAGGACCCUGAAGAUUCCAGACCAAAGCCUGAGCAGGAAGCAGGAGCCGGGACUCCGGGCAUCGCCGCGGUGGAGCAGCAGCAUUCCGUGGAGUUCGACUCCCCAGACUCAGGACUGCCCUCCUCCCGCAAUUACUCCAUGGCCUCGGGCAUCCAGUCAAGCCUAGAUGAGGGGCAGAGCGUAGGCUUCGAAGAGGAGGACGGCGCCGGGGAGGAAGGCUCCAGUGGGCUCGGCCCUGCAGUUCACACUUUCUCGGAGCCCCAGGAUCCCAGCCAGGAGAAGCCUCCUCAGGCCGGAGAACUGGAGGCGGGGGAGGAGCUUGCAGCUGUGUGUGCAGCUGCCUACACUAUAGAAUUACUGGACACUGUGGCCUUAAACCUGCAUCGCAUAGACAAGGAUGUGCAGAGAUGUGACCGCAACUACUGGUACUUCACGCCCCCCAACCUGGAGAGGCUCAGAGACGUCAUGUGCAGCUACGUGUGGGAGCACCUGGACGUGGGCUAUGUGCAGGGCAUGUGCGAUCUGCUGGCACCUCUCCUGGUCACCCUCGACAACGAUCAGCUGGCCUACAGCUGCUUCAGCCACCUCAUGAAGAGGAUGAGCCAGAACUUCCCCAACGGGGGUGCCAUGGACACCCACUUUGCCAACAUGCGCUCCCUCAUCCAGAUCCUGGACUCAGAGCUGUUUGAGCUGAUGCAUCAGAAUGGAGACUACACCCACUUCUACUUCUGUUAUCGCUGGUUCCUGCUGGAUUUUAAGAGGGAACUGCUGUACGAGGAUGUGUUUGCUGUGUGGGAGGUGAUCUGGGCAGCCAGGCACAUCUCGUCGGAGCACUUUGUCCUGUUCAUCGCCCUGGCCCUGGUGGAGGCCUACCGAGAGGUCAUCCGCGACAACAACAUGGACUUCACCGACAUCAUCAAGUUUUUCAACGAACGCGCUGAGCAUCACGAUGCCCAGGAGAUCCUGCGACUUGCCCGGGACCUCGUCCACAAGGUGCAGCUGCUCAUAGAGAACAAGUGAGCUGGGGCCAGGAGGCAGCAGCCGGGCAGAGCCUGGACCUCGGGCACCUGGGCUCCGGCAGGGAGAGGUGCAAGGGAAUCACCGCCCAGACCGCCCCAGCCACCAGCCGACCCCACCUCUGUUCCUAACAAAGUGACUGUGAGCCUGGGAUCCGACUCCCGGCAGUGCUGACCCUGCAGGGCAAGCCAGGGGCCAGGAUGCCCUCAGAUCAGGGCCGGGAUGGGAGCGGUCAGCCUCAGGGAGCAGCUGCCUUGGGGGACACACCUACUCUGCUCCCCUCUCAAACAUCUGGGAAUAGUCCCACUGCCACCUGCAGUCUCAGCCUGGACUGUGGCCCAUGAGUGAACCUGGGGCCCCAUAGGAUUAACAGGGGCUACAGUGGCCUGGGCCCUACUUCGCUGGGGUGGCAGAGGGCGAGAGGCUCUGUGCUGUGUCCCUUCUGAGGGUCCCUUUGCAGCCCCAGUAUACUGUGUGUGCACCAGCCCCAGCUGGAGCCGCCAGAAAUGCUGCCGGGUUAGGCAUAUGUCCUGGGUGCAGCAGGCCUGCGGCGCCUUCGGGCCGCUCCCCUGAGAUUCUGGGGCAGUCAGACGAUGUGGGCCCUGGGCGGGAGCAGCCCACCUCAGCAGCACUGCCACUGCCUCUGGCCACCUGAGGUGACCCCCAGGCCUCCCGGCCCUGUGCAGCGUACCUCUGUGUAUCUGUGCAGCCUCACUCCUGCCACCCACCCCUGCGUUCUGCAUUAGGUACUCCUCUGAAAACCACGUGUAAGUGACGCUCUGGCCAUUCCAGUGGAUGAUCUGGAAUGCGACCGGAGCACUUGCUCUGAGGAAUCCCGGGGUGAUUGUGUAGGGGAGCAAUCUGGUCUCCUCUCAGGGACAGGCCUCCGUUCUGGGGCAGCCCGUCAUCUGUCGCAGACAUCUGCUGCGUCCCUGGGGCUGUGGAAGGCAGGGGAUGCAUGGGUGUCCCGACUGUCCCUGGUGAGAAGCAAAGCUAGCUCUGCCUUCCACAUGCACCUCAGGAUGCCAAGAGGCCUAGGAACCCAGAAACCCCCUUGGAGGAGCUGUGUACACGGGGGUGCCCAGAAGGGCACAGCUCCUGCCCCCAGGCCUAGGCAUGCUGCUUGCUUGGCCAUCCCCACUUCCUCCUCCACCCCAACACAUGCAGGCUAGGCCUUGCCCUGGGACCUGGAGGCCCUGCCUGGGGCUGGGGCCUGUCCACAGCCACCGAAGUCUGGCAGACUCUGCAUUGGAGAAACAUGAUAAAGGGCCCCGCAGCCCUUCUGCACCCAGGACAGCCUGCCCAGCCCUGCCCUGCCCCUGGGCAUUGCACAGCCUGUCUGGGGGCCAGACCGUCCCAUUGUCCAUCCUUGUUGUCCAUGAGUCCUCGGCCUCCACCAAGCACGUGUGGCCAUCGUGUGCCUGCCUUAGUAACUCUGUGGUUUUGUGAGGGGCAGAGUGUGUAUGGUUUUUGCCUCAGAAACUAUACUCUUCUGUGUAACAGACCAAUAAACAGCGUUUGCCAACA